AUGAAGGCAGCUAGCGCCGCUGCCCUAGCGGCACAGACGAAAAUGAGCGCAGAGGCCGAGGCAGCCGCCGCCUCUUCCUCGUGUCUUUCGCUCCUUCAAUACGGUGCCUCGCUCUACGAAGCACACACGCACCUGCCCGAAGCCGCCGCGGCGCGGCUGCCCCUCAACCGCUACGCUGACUACCUGCGUCAUUUUGGCUUUAGCAUGGAGCGGGAAAGCAGGGGCGCGGCUGCCCCCGGGACGACGGCGGCGCUCGACCGCACCAGUUCAAAUGACAAGGCGCAGGUACCGCUAGACGGGCGUCGGGGCAAGGGGGUGGAGACGGACACCGCUUACGAUCCCGUAGAAGUCGCAGGCUGGGGCCUGCCAGAGGCCCUGCGAUGCGAAGCGGAUUUGCGGUGCAGCGUCGUUGGCUCGCUGAGCGACGCCACGGAGUGGUCGGCGAUUGCGAAGCAGCUGGUAGACCCCUUUAUGACUGUCACGUGGCGGCAGAUGGCCACGCAGUGCACCAUGAAGAAGGCGUGCUGCGUGUACAUGUGGCUGUGUUCUCACAUGACGCUGCAGGUGAGCGUGCCAGGAGCUGUAGAAGAAGCAAAAGAGGACAGCGGAGGUGUCUCGAUGGUCGGUCUACCGUCCGCGGCGAAGGCGGCGACGUCAGCGCGCAAGUCCAACCGCCCGGCGCGCAAGGUGAAGGAAGUUCCGACAACGCUAGAGCCCGCCGCUCCCCCUGAUCCAUUAUUAGUGGCCCUACAGACGCGGCGCGCUCCAGCGCCGGUUCUGGCAGACGUGUACAUGCGCAUGCUGACCAGCGUCGGCGUCUCGUGCGAAGUUGUGGUGGGUCAACUGAAGGGCGCGGCACCGGAGGAGGCGUUUGAGUGGAGUUGGAAUUUGGUGACGGUGGACGGGAGGCAGUACCUUGUGGAUGUGUCGGCUGCCUUGUCGAAUGGGGUGCUGCGCAGUGCUGCGUCCCAUUCCGAUGUGCCGUCGUCUGUGGCGUUGCCGGAGGCGGGUAAAGGACAGCGAGCGGGCAACGCAGCGGGUCGUGGCAAGGCGCUCGCCCAAUCGCAGUCAUCGCCGUCGGCGGGGCCAGGGGCGGCGCCGUGGAAUGAGUCCGUUCAGCUGCUACCCGUUACCCCGGAGAGGCUUCGGCGGGAGUUCUUUUUCUUUGCUCACCCCACCUACUUUCUUGCCUCUCACCUCCCUGCAGACCCCGCAAAGGCGCUCGUGCGAACAGCCAUGAGGGUAGUGCAGUGGGGCGUGCGGCCGCGCCUCACACCUGCUUUCUACCACUAUGGGCUUCAGCUGUCCUCCCACAAGACGCACUGCGCCUUUGCCGCCAGCGGGUCGCCGUCGUACGUGUCGUUUGUGAAUCACUACUCCAGCACAACGGAGCUGUGCUGCGUUCUGUACAUGGGCACGCUCCGGACCCUUCCUGAGGAUCUUUCGCAGACAGCACCCCUAGGGGCGGAGUGGGUGUGGCACCAGUGCGAAGAGAGCACCAGCACGGACACCUUCACCCUCACUGUGCCACAGGCGGGCGACUAUGUACUGGUUAUUGGAGCGCGGCCGAUUCGCGCUGACCCAUACAACGCCGUGAUCACCGUCGCUAGAGAGGCGGCGUUCGCGCCGGUGGUCUCGUACGAGAUGCGCGUCGGCUUCACGCCGAGCAGCUCCCCAGUGCUGCCGCGCCAGUACCUGUCGCCAUCUGUUUGCCGCCUCAUAACUCCGUUGUGCUCGCAGAUCUUGCCGGGGAAGCACACGUUCUGCGUAAUGCCGUCGUGCAGCAACGUGCUGGCAGUCGCUGUCGUGAGGUUUGUCGCCGCAGCGGCCGCCCGGACGCUUCUCUCGUUUUUGCCCUUCCAGCCUCGCAGCGCUACGUAUGAGGGCCGCGUGGACGUGCGCAUCGGGGACGGCGUGGAGGUGUGGGUGCUGUACGGUGCGCCGGAUCGAAAUGGCCAGGAGCUGAGCCAGCGCGCUGCAGCUGCAGCACCACCGGAAGCGGCAGCGACGGCCUGCGCGUCGCCCACCCCAGCCGCGAAGUUCAAGGCGACCGACAAAAAGAAGAAGGAGGCCUCGGCUAAGCAGCAGCAGCAGCAGCAGCUCAGCGCGCUGGAGUCACAGCUCACCUCCCUCACGCGGGCGCUGCAGAGGGGUGAGGUAUUCCAGCGCUACGUCGGCGGCAUCGAGGUGCGUCACUUCAUUUCCCCUGCCGUAGUGGGUAUCAUUCAACCGCAGCCGAUGGUCGAACAGGAGCAGAGUAUCACACUGCGCCGACUGGCUGGUGUGACGGAUGCGCUGCUGCGCGAGGCAGAAGAGGUGUUGCGACGCCAGCUGGCUCCCGUAGGCAGCUACUUUGGCGCUGUAAAAGCCGCUGCAGCGAAGUCAUGA